CCAGACCUUAACCUGAGACUUGACGAAACGCUUCUCACUUUCCAACAAGGAACAGGAGAGUCAUGAAUUCUGCAAUCUCAAAAUCUACUCAAAGCCUUACAACUGCUGAGGACAUGAGGAACCAAACCAAACUUAUAAUGCAGCCUUAUGCCAACUGGGAAGAGUAUCUGACUCCAGCACCUCUAUCCAUAGCCAUCAUGGGAGAGCUGGUUUUCAUCUCUUCCUCAACAGAUUUCUCAAUCAAUAAAAAUCCCCCUAAAGGUGGUUUUAAAUUCAUCAGAUACCCUGAUUCCUUUCGUGCUUGCCUCAUGCAAGUGUGUAACUCUGGUUGGCACGCAUUUAAUGAGGCCCAUACGAGCAUGGAUCAGAUUCGCCUCCAUACCGCCCAAGUUCCAAAUUACAUGAAGACAGCUGUGAAGAUUCUGUUUCAAGGCAAUGAUGAAGUUGUUAAAGCACAUCUUCCUGAUCAGCUAGACAAUAUCAGAGUCAUUGCAGAUGAUUGUAUUGAGUUGUCUGAUGUAGCUAAAAGGCGUUUCAGUGAUGUCAUUAAUAUCAUCCAAGAGCUGCUAGAAGCAUGUGUGAAUGCAGAGCACUUUUAUGGGGAAGAGUUGGCAGCAAUCAAGAAGAAAUUAGAAGAGAGCAAAUUGAGGGAGCAGUCAGCUCAAGAGAUCAAGAAAAGGACUGAGAAGGCAGUGAGUGCCAUAGAGAAGGAACUGGAUCAGGCUAAUGAGAGCUACAAGAAAGCUCUGGAUUCCCUCCCUAGUGGAUGGGAAAUGAUUGGAAUGGAUUUUGUGAGUGGAAUAACACAGAGUGUUACAGACAUGAUUAAUGGACUGACAUCUGUUGUUACUCAGCCAGUGAAUUUGAUGUGUUCUGCAUCAAAACAGAUAUCUGAUACUAUGGGACGCAUUAAAGAUCAGGAAAAGUCUAGUGAUUUGGUAGCUGAAAUAAACGUAUAUAGUAAGGCGGCUGAAAUUUUAAAUUGUGCACAGACUAUCCAGCAAACAUUGAAUGUCAGUAGUAAGGAUGAUGACAUUGAUUGGACAAAACUGUAUGAUCAAAAGCACAAAACUACAAACACAGAUUUCAUAGCAAAACAGUUUGAAAGAAUCAGUGAAACUUUAAAUAAUAUCUCUGACUGCCCAGCAAAGACACAAGCUCAGAAGUUAUGCAAAGAUGGCACAGAAAUAUGCAACCAGCUUGCAAAAUAUGCACCUGAUGGCAAAUGUGACAAAGUCAAAAGCACUGAGAUAAUAAAAGAGGUCUUGGAUCUGAUUAAGUUAGCUCACAGUUUUGAUAGCAAAAGCAAAGACAUCACAAAUUCUCCAGCUAUUUCUCCAAAGCCACCAAUGAUGUAUAAAGAAGGAAACAAGUCUGAGAACAUGAGUGCUUCACAGAAGGCCACAGAGAAUGCAAGAUUUGCCAUAGAGCAGAGCCGAGCUCAGCUGAACAAGACAAGAGAGACCUAUGAGAAGUGUGUGGAGAACCUAGAGAAGAACCAGAAGGAACUAACAGACAUCCUGGUUACUAUGAGAAAUUGUGAACUGAAAGAGAUCGACUUUAAAACUACCAUAGAGAUGCUGGUCAAAGGAAUGGAUGCCAUGGGGAGAGUGAAGGAGCAGUGGGAGAAGAUGGUUCAAUUUUUUCAGAUGGUUUCCAACAUUGUGAAAACCAGCCUGAGCAAAACUCUCAAAAACUUUGUCUCCACAUCAGAGAAAACACAAGCCCUCUCCUACAAUGCAAAACUCUUCUCAAAAGAUCUGCUCUACACUCAAGCUUUCCAAGCCUGUAACAUCGCUAGUCUGGUCCAUAUGAUCUCUGGAACAUACACAGAUGUUUCCAACAAGUACCUGAUGGAUCGUGUCAGUUCACUGGGCAAACUGAUGGCCAUGGAUAAAAGUAAACCAGAAUUUGAGCAAGAGCGAACACUGCUCCAGAAAGGCUGUGACGAGGCACAGGAAGGGAUUAUAAGGCUUGUUCUGAAGAAUAAAGAGGAGUAUGACCGGAAGAGCACUGCAAGACUAGAAAGGAUCGAUCAAGAAUUCCUUGCCAUUCUACCUGCUGCUCCUCCAGAACAAAACAAAAGUAUUCAAGAGAUUGUUCAAGCUGGAUUCAGUCAGGAAGAAGCAGAUGCAUACAUCUGAGUAAAAUAUGAAAGAAGACAAAAGCCUUUUCUUUCAAACGGAACAACCAUUCCUGUCAUCGCUCAACAUCUGCUUUUUUUUUUCUUUUUUUCAGAUUAAGUUUGGUAAAUUGUAGAACAAAUUUUUGAGUAUUUGGAGUUUAGUAGAAUUUUACUUAUGGAUUGUUUGCUUAUGGAUUUCUGUUUGGAUUUUAGUUAUACUUCUGUUUACUUUUCCAUCAAGAGUAUAUUUCUGUUUAGGCAAGCACUCUAUGUGAACUUUACUGGAGAGCACAAUUAUUGCUUUAGUUCUGGUUUAAGUUUAAUUGUUCUUAUAUUGUCUUCUGCUUCUUGAUUUUAAUCCCAGUUUGUGCUUCUUUCUGAUAACUUGCCUUGAUUUAAUCUAAAAUAAAUCAGUAACACUUUA